AUGCCCCGAGACCCUCUCAUCGGGUUGGUAGGAAAACCGUCGUCCGGCAAAUCUACCACACUGAACAGCUUGACAGAUGCUAGUUCGAAAGUCGGCAACUUUCCUUUCACAACAAUAGACCCUCAAAGGGCAGUCGGAUAUCUACAGAUCGACUGCGCCUGCGUACGCCAUGGUCUGACCGACCGGUGCAGACCCAACUAUGGCUCCUGCAUCAAUGGCAAACGCUCAGUCCCUAUCGAACUUCUCGACGUAGCAGGAUUGGUACCUGGCGCCCACGAGGGCAAAGGUCUGGGCAACAAAUUCCUUGACGACCUGCGGCACGCCGACGCCCUGAUCCACGUCGUGGAUGUGAGUGGGACGACAGACGCCGAAGGGAAAGCCACACGAGGCUACGAUCCGAGCGUGGAUAUAGAAUGGCUGCGCGGCGAGAUCGUGCGCUGGAUUCAGGGUAAUCUGAUGGAGAAAUGGGGCAGUAUCAAGAGACGGCACGUCGCGGUCAAAGCCUCGCCCGUCGAUACAUUACAGGGCCAAUUUUCGGGGUAUGGGAGUACCAGCGCCACUGUCGCGCGGACUCUGGAUAAACUCGCGCUGAAACAGCCGCUGGAAGAAUGGACCGACGAGACGAUAUCGAAAGUGGUCAACACGUUUACGGACGAGAAGUUCCCGACUGUAUUGGCGCUCAAUAAAAUCGAUCACCCGGACGCAGAUCGGAAUAUCGCUAAGAUCGCGAAACAGCAGCUUCCUGAGAAGAUAGUGCUUUGUAGUGCCAUCUCCGAGGUCUUUCUCCGCCGGCUAGCUAAGCAGGGAUACAUCAAGUACAAGGAAGGGCAAGAGUACUUGGACACAAGGGAAGAUCUGAUUGAACAAGGAGAUCCUGACGGAGGAGGCCUCAAGGAGAUGGACGACAAGCUGAAACAACGCAUCGAAAAUCUCAAAGACAUGGUAUUGUACAGGUUCGGGAGCACAGGUGUGGUGCAAGUGCUCACCCGUGCGGCCGAGUUAUUGGGCUUGGUGCCUAUCUUCCCGGUCAAGAACAUUCACACGUAUGGAUCAGGCACGAGUGGGUCGACGGCCGUGUUCCGCGACUGCGUGCUGGUCAAGAAAAACAGUACGGUGGCUGAUGUGGCGCGGAAGGUCAUGGGCGAUGCACCAAUUGCGUUUAUCGAGGGUGAUGGUGGGAGAAGAGUGGCGGAAGAUCAAGUCGUGAGUGUUGGGAAGAACGAUAUCCUCUCGUUUCAUGUUGGGCGGUGA